AUUAGGGGGGAUGUUCCCGUGCAGCGACGAGCAGCAGCCCGACACGAGCGUCGCAGCAGGGCUCGGCUCGCAUAGUUGUCCUUCCCGAGAGUAGCUUCAUUCGCGCUCGCAUACUGCACUCGUAUUCCACGCAAGCUACAGAGCAGAUAUUGCACCGCGAGUUUUGUCCGCGACAGUGCGCGAAUUUUUUUUUUUUCUGUCCAUCUGUCUUCGAAAGGAAGAGAUCGAGAAUAAGAGUAAGAGAGAAAGAAAGAGAGAGACAGUAGUGUGCAACAGCAGAGCAUCCGGAAGAUAUAAAGAAGGCAGAGACGCCCGAGGAAGAGGGUAUAUCGAAGAGAAAAAAGGAAUCCGAGCGAGAUAGAGGAGCGGCCGUCGCUGCCGCCGCCGGAUUUCAUGUUCAUGAAUUUUCGCAAACCAGGGUCGGGAUUGGAGAUAAACAAGAUGGACCAGCAGUAUUGCCUCCGCUGGAACAAUCAUCCGGCCAACCUCACCGACGUCCUGAGCUCGCUCCUGGCGCGUGAAGCACUCUGCGAUGUUACCCUGGCCUGUGUCGGCGAGACUUUCAAGGCCCACCAGACGAUACUGUCAGCCUGCAGUCCGUACUUCGAGAACAUCUUCCUACAAAACACCCAUCCACACCCAAUCAUCUUCCUCAAGGAUGUUAACGACACCGAGAUGAAGGCCCUGCUACAUUUUAUGUACAAGGGCGAGGUCAAUGUGAGUCAGCAUCUGCUGCCUAUGUUCCUGAAGACAGCCGAGGCGCUGCAGAUCCGAGGACUCACAGAUAAUAACAGUGUAAAUAACAAAGGAGACGACAAGAGCCCAAGCCCCGAGCCUGAGUCCCAGGCUAGUGUCAGGCAUUCGGACUCACCCAGCAUACAGAGCCAUCCUGAAAAGAGGAAACGAAAGGCCUCUGGCAACUACGACGUUUCGUUCACAGGCCCAUCAGAAAGAUUCCUCUCCGAUUCUCAGGCAUCGUCUCAAUGUAGUUACAAAUCAAGUCCAACAGUUCCAAAGUCAAAUAAUGCACUGGGAGGUGAUCUGGACGAUGGUGGUCGAUCCAUUUCUCCAUCGUCUCAAUCGCAGGCUCCAAUAAAACAAGAGCUUGACCAUCACAUGUCAGAUUUCCACGAUAAUAUCUCUCUCCCAGGGCAUCCCGUCAGUCUGCUGAGCGAAGAUAGUGGCCCGACGACGGGGCCGCUCAACGACAACGUACCGAGCAUCGAAUCUUCCGAGCAUCACAAUCCACCAGAAAUGCUCGAUGGACUCGAUGGUUCAAAAGCCUGGCACAUGCGGCUGACCUUUGACCGGGUGCCAGGCGGCUGCAACCUACACAGGUGCAAGCUGUGCGGCAAGGUCGUGACGCACAUCAGGAACCACUACCACGUCCACUUCCCCGGCAGGUUUGAGUGUCCGCUCUGUCGUGCGACGUACACGCGCAGCGACAACCUGCGCACGCACUUUAAAUUCAAACAUCCCGAGUCAAGAAAGAUCGAUCUUAACGAUUACAUGGCCGGCUCUCUGGCACUGUCCGCGACGGCUAAUAACGACACCAUGAACACGCUCUCCUAAGGUCUACCAAGGUCGCCAGCCGUCGCCGCCGUCACCGCAGCCGCCGUCGUCGCCACCACUACGAGCCGUCGUCACCGCCGUCACUGCUAUUGAUGCUACUAUCGCCGCUAGGGGGCGCCUAAAGACGACGGACAUACUCGCACAGCAGGGAUACCAACCACGACGACGAUCACGCUGCGCAGUAGUCGAGAGAGAUUGAGAGAGAGAGCGACGAGAAACUCUGAUGCACCAUUUAUGCGCACACGCACGCAGCAAUCCGCGGCGCCCAAGCGCGUCACACAUGUGAUAUAUAUAAUAUAGAGGAUGUGAUGUGUUGAUCGCCGAUUGAAUUAAAUAAGAUGAGAUUUGUGUAAAAAAAUGAAAGCGAGAGAGAGAGAGAGAGAGAAAGAGAGAAAACAAACUCGCAGCGUUGUCGUCGUCGUCCGACUCGCGUCGUCAUCGUGCCGAAAAUCCUCACUGAAGAUUCGACGGGUAGCCGAGCUCGAGAGAAAGAGAGAAAGAGAAAGACCGACACACACAUGAAAAACACCAUCAGCAUACGUCGCCAUCGUCGUCGUCAUCGUCGUCGUCGUCGUCGUCGUCGUCGAGAGAGAGAUAGAGAGAGAGAGUGAGAGAGAAAACGAAAAAGUCAGUCUUGCGCGAGAAGAGCCAAAGAGAUAUAUAGAUAUUUAUAUAUGCACUCACACGACGACGCAAUUUUCCGUUUGUUUUGUUGUUUUGUUUUUUUUUUCAAUUUUUUUUUAUAGACAAGGAAAACUGUUUCGAGUCGCGCUUGUCGAUACACAUACCGAGUCUCUGUGUUAUAUGCGUGAAUUGUUCGCUCCUAUGUAUGCUUGUGUGUGUGUGGGACGACAAGCUGUGUGCUCUGUAAACUGAUUGUUGUUUGGGUGGGUGAUGAUGCUGAUGACGACGCGGAUAGUCAGUAGCGAAUAUGUUUUUUGUUUUUCAGAGAGGCGAUCAGAACAACAGCCUUAAUAAUUAUCACAUAAAUAGGGAGAGCUAAUCUUCUCUUUUCCGCACGACGACGUCGAUAGUUAUUAUGAAGCGCUGCGUCGGGAUAUCACGGUAUCGUCGGAUUUUUUUUUUCUUUUUUUGUUUCGUGUACAUAUAUAUAGCGACGCGCAAGGGAGACGCGUUCGGAUGUUCGUGUCGACGUAGACAGAGAGAAAGAGAGAAAAAGAAUUGGGAGCAAACGUGGUGCCAAUUCCUCCCAUAUAGUUGCUGUUUUUUCUUACAAGUAAUUGUGACUAAACAGAUGAUGAUGAUGAGAAAGUGGAGGACGGGAGUAUAAACAUUUGAAAGGAUUACUAAAUAAUAUAAUGAAGUGUAUAUAUAUAUAUAUAUAUACACACAUACACAUAACGGCGAUUCGGCGAGCUGUGAGCUGCGCCGGAGUUACGAUGAAACACUAAUUAACUAUUAAUUAACAAUCUUAAGCAUAAGCGGAAGUAAUUUUCAUUCGAUACGCAGGGUGAGUCGAGUAUAUAGUUGUUGAAGAGUUUAUAGUUGGACUUCAUAUUAGAUAACUGAAAGGGAAUAAUGCAAAAGAAGAAGUGGGUGGCUGAUGGUGUGAGAUUAAGAUCGGGAACCGUCACGUUUCACACACACAAACACCGACAUACUUUUGGGGGUCACGACAGCAAUAUACCGCUAUAGAAAUAUUGAAUUUUAAUUAAUAUACAUAGAUAGAUGAAGAGAAAAAAAGUAAUGAGGGAAAGAGGGCGAAGCUAGCGGUGAUGUAAAUAUUUUAGUAAAAAAGUAAAAGACAAAAAGAUUAUAUAAAGAUUAUGAGAAAUAUACGCAUUUCGCGCGGAAAGAAUGAAGGGGCGAGGGUUAGAGCGAGUAUAUUAUGUGUGUCGUGAAAGAGAGUGAGAGAAAGGAUAAAGUGACUAAUUCUAUAUAUUUACAGCGUUAACGUCGAUUAACAACGAAAACAAAAAUCAAUCUCUGUCCUAUGCAUCGUUUGCUUUCUAUUUGUCUUUCCUCAUUGUUUCUCCUUUUAUUUUUACUUUUUCUUUUUUAAUGCGUACUUUGACCUAGUUCUUAGGUAAAACAAAUCUUUAGCUUUUUUGUUGAACGUUUGAAAUGCAAAGCGCGCAGCUCUAAUAUGAACUUUGACUAUAAAGUUACCGUACUUGUUAUAAAUAACAGCUGAAGUCUAUAUCGAUAUAUAAUUUUAACGAUUAUUUUACAAACUGCACACACAGCGCAAAUGUUUAAUGCAGCAAAUAAUAGUGGAAAUCACGAAGACAUUCCACGAUCGGGACUUAAGUGCAUAGGCAACAGAUAAUAAGGAUUUAUUAUUGUAUUGGAUGAUUUAUAGUACUAUAUUUUAUACCUUAUAUAAUCUACAGUUUAUUAAUAACUAUAUUGGUUGGAGAAUAGUUACGUUAAAGAAAAAAAAACAAAUAAUACGAUUUUAUCCAAGGGGUGGUUAACUAUGAUAGUCACGACACGUCGUUGCACGUUAAUAACUUUUUUUUCAUAUUUUUUGUUCAACUUUCAUCGGUUAGGGUGCAAUCCGUUGUUUUUGUUUAUACAUAUAUAUUUUUCUUAUUUAAUAGUCACAUACACACAAGCUUUCGUUUCGCAAGCAGGGAUGAGAGCCGAAGUUUAGUCAUGGCAAAAACUCGAGAAAGAGAGACACGAACUUUUAAUAAGCUCGUGUGCGAGCGUCAUAUCCAAAGGUAGUAGUCGCGUUGGAAGCAUGUCUAAGACGCGAUAUUUGGAAAUCGACGAGCUUUGAACUUUCGAAUGAUUUUACUUUUGUUUUAUUUUAAAAUCUGUACGUCGGUUCCUGAUUUUUUUUAACUCCAAAUCAAAUACUUUAUUUCAUUUUAUUCAUAUACUCAGUACUUUCAAAAAUUUUAUUUUGUUUAAUGUAUGUCGCGCUUGGACACGAUUUCAACGUGAAAACAAACGAAGUAAGCGAUGUAGCGAGACGUGAGCUUUAGGAAACGAAGCGAGAGGUUCAAAGAGGGUCCGACGACAUAUAUAUAUACAAGAGAUGGAGAAGAAAAAAACGGGCACAUCUUUGCACUCAGAUUUUAUUUCUAUUAUUAUUAUUACCUA